UUUUCUUUGCUUUGAAGUUUCCUCUAAAAUUAGGACUAAAAGUGUUUUAACGUUAAAUCCAAACAUAGUUCACUUUCUCCUUUUUGGUUUACCAUAUGAAAAACAAUUGUCUAUUUUCCUUUCAGGUCGGAAUUGACGCAUGGAAGAACGCUCGAGACAGCACUGGCUCUACGCCAGAAGAUCAUGCUCGUUUACGUGGUCACUACUCAUACAUCCACCUGGUACAGAAGAAGACUAGUAAGAGACCUCCUUCUGGGCAUGUGGUGGAUGACAUUCCUGGUACCCUCUCUGAUUGCAGCAAAAGGCAAAAGCAAAAUAACGAGUCAACCCCCAGCUUUGAGAUUGGCCGGCUAGAAUCAAGGCCCUUGAAGCGACACUGCAAGCAUUGUGAUCAGAAGCUGGCUUAUGGAUAUGGAGCAGCCAGCAGGUCAUUUGCUUACAGGCCUGCAAUGCUAUCAAUGGUAGCAAUUGCCGCGGAAUGCGUCUGUGUUGCUCUACUAUUUAAGAGCUGUCCUGAAGUUCUUUACGUGUUCCGUCCCUUCAGGUGGGAAAUGUUGGGCUAUGGAACUAUCUGAAGUCCAGUAACUCUUCCUCCUCCAGUCAUUAACAAUUUAAUAGGUGGUUUGCAUUUGUAAACCGUUUACAAUAAAAGUGAAAUUGAGGUCUGGAUUACAACACCACUGUUUAAA